CGCCCGUCUGGAGGGGACACUGAGGAGACCCAUGAUGAUGAGCUCGGGCGGCGGAGGAGCGGGCGGCGGCGGAGAGGUGGUGUGCUCGGGCUGGCUCCGUAAAUCACCGCCGGAGAAAAAGUUAAAGCGCUUCGCAUGGAAGCGGAGAUGGUUUGUCCUACGCAGUGGACGUCUAACAGGAGAUCCUGAUGUGCUAGAAUAUUAUAAGAAUGACCAUGCUAAGAAGCCUAUUCGUAUUAUUGACUUGAACCUUUGUGAGCAAGUUGAUGCUGGACUGGUUUUCCCCAAAAAAGAAUUUGAACAUAGUUAUAUUUUUGAUAUCAAAACUAUUGACCGAAUAUUUUAUUUAGUGGCCGAAAGUGAGGAGGAAAUGAAUCGGUGGGUUCGAAGCAUAUGUGACAUCUGCGGAUUUAACCCCACUGAAGAAGAUGUGAAACCUCCCAGUGUUCCCCUGCAAGCCCCCAUCGAGCUUCCCAUGACUGGUUUAGAAGUCUCUACUCACCACGGUCAACUCCCCCAACCCUACCAGCUUCUCAACGUACCACCUUUAGAGCCGAACAGCCAUGAAGACCCCCCAGACUAUUUACUGUUAAUAAACUGCCAAAGCAAGAAACCAGAGCCAUCAAGAUCUCACCCUGAUUCUACUAAGACGGUACCAUCAGAAACAGACUGCAAUGACAACGUUGCUACUCAUAAGAAUUCUUCAGCACACAAGCACACCUUAAAUGGAUAUUUUCAGCAAUCUAGUGUAUAUGACUCUCCAUCCCGUGCUGGAUCCUGUUCAGAAUCUAGUUUGUAUAACUUGCCGAGAAGCUAUUCACAAGAUGUUUUACCAAAAGCAGUGUCUCCUUCGGGUACAGAUGUGGAUGGGGAUCAAAGUGUCUUUAAUAUGUCGGGAGCAUCCUUAUUGGAAUCACAGCUAAGGCAUAUGUCUGUAAGCUAUGACAUUCCUCCCAGCUCGGGAAGCACUUAUCAGAUACCCCGGACUGUACAUGAAAACUCUUUAGGGCAGUCUACAUCAAAGUUAGAGACAAUUGCAGACGUUCCCCCUCCAAGACCACCAAAGCCUUAUUACUCUUCUGAACGCUCCCCAGCAGAACAUAGUUUAAGCCGCACUGCCUCAGAGACUGAUAGUACCUACUGUGUCCCUACAGGAGGAAUGAACUCCUCGCGUAGUAAUACAGUUUCUAGUUUAGAACUUAAUAAAUACAGGAAAGAUAUGAGUUCUCAAGAGUUGUAUGAUGUUCCACGCCCCUUCGCCAGCGAUAGAUCUAGCUCACUUGAAGGCUUUCAUUUUAAAAACAGAAGCAUGCUGGCAAUGGGAAGUUUUUCCACAGAAGAAUUAGAUGAAAACUAUGUUCCUAUGAACCCCAAUUCUCCUCCUAGGCAGCAUUCCAACAGCUGCACAGAACCUAUCCAAGAAACCAACUACGUCCCCAUGACUCCCGGCACAUUUGAUUUCUCAGCAUUCGGGAUGCAAGUUCCACCUCCAGCUCAUAUGGGGUUUAGAGCCAGUCCACAAACUCCACCAAGGAGGUCUGUGCCCUCCACUGACUGUGGCCCUCCACCUGUGGAUAGAAAUCUGAAACCUGACAGAAAAGGUCAAAGCCCUAAAAUUUUAAGACCUAAACCUCAUGGUUUAGAGCGAACUGAUUCACAAACCAUAGGUGAAUUUCCCCGAAGAAACAAGGUAAAGCCAGCACCACUAGAAAUUAAGCCUGUCCCUGACUGGGUGGAGUUGCCUGUACGCUCUCCAGUAACCAGAAGCUUUACACGAGAUUCUUCCAGGUUCCCUAUGCCUCCCAGACCAGACUCUGUUCACAGCACAGCUUCAAGUAGUGACUCACUGGACAGUGAAGAAAACUAUGUACCUAUGAACCCAAAUCUACCUACAGAUGGCCAAUGCAUAUUUGAGAGCAACAGUCUUGAUGGAGGGAACAGCCCCAUGGUGAAACCUAAGGGUGACAAACAAGUGGAAUAUCUAGACUUGGAUCUGGACUCUGGCAAGUCAACACCUCCAAGAAAAAAAAAGAGCACUGGGUCUGGAAGCAGUGCAGCAGAAGAAAAGGUGGAUUAUGUUGUUGUUGACAAGGAAAAAACCCUAGCACUGACAAAUACCCGGAAGGCAUGGACUGAUGAAAGACAGUCUACCGAAUCGGAAACCCCAACUAAGAGCGUCAAAUGAAUGUUUCUAAAGCUGAAAAUCUUAUUUCCUCCUUGCAAGCUAGUCAAGCUUUUUAUGGUGCAACAUCAUAUAAUCUGCAUUUGAAGGCAAAGGAACUUGUAUUUUUAGAAAUAUUUUAGAUGACUUGGUAAAGAAAAAAAAGACUGAAUCAUGCACUGUGUAGUCUGUAUUACUCAGACAUGUAAAUACCCAAAAAUGGAGCAAGGACCAUUUGUUUGACACAGUUAGCCAUGUUUUUUAGUAUUACUAUGUUUAAUGCACUUUGUGUGUUUGAAACAAUGGUUCUUGUGGCUAACUUUUGUUUUGCCAUUAACACCGCUAAUUUCUUUGUUUUAUUUCAUAUACUAAUAUCACUAAAGGCUAGAUAAAACUGAGUGAUAGAUGGUCAACCAGUGCAUUGCAGUGCAUGGUAGCAUAAUACAGGCCUUCUAUUACUGUCACAACUGAAAUUGUUGUAUCUUUUAAUUUAGAUUUUAUGCUUCCUUUAAAGUUGAUAUGAUCAUGUAUGUGCCUGGCAAGUUCUAGAUGUAUAGUUUCAGAUAAGGGAUAGUGGCUGUCCAUACCUGCAGAAUCAUGUGCUUUUUUUUUUUUUUUUUUUUUAUUAGAGAUCAUGAAUGUAAAAAAUAAUUUUUAUCCAAUGUAAUUUUAUUUUGCCUCCUUUAAGUGUAAUAAGAGGCAUUGUUGGUUUACUCAGAAGGACAUGUUAUUGCUUUGUAUGGGAGUCCUAUUUUUCAUGCUUUUGUGAUGUUUUUGACAGAAUCAAAAAACAUCACAAAAAAGGAACAUAUGUUAUUUUUGUUAUCGUUGAACAACACACCUUGAUAUAAAUCUUUUUACAAACUAGGGACAGUUAUGAUGAACGGAUGUCAAUAAAGCUUACAAUCAUAGUUUACAAUUAAAGGAGUAUUUCAACAAAAAACAUAAAGUUCAAUCUAUAUCCCUACCAAGUUGAUUUAGAGAAAGACAAAAAACUCUUAUGAGGCUAAUGCCUAUUACUAAAGGAAAAAUUCCUUCCCGACUCCAAAUAUGGCAAUCUGAAUAAAUCCCUGGAUCAGUGUUCUAUCCCUAUAAAUUUGUUAUUCAUAACCUAUAAUGCUAUUACUCACCAGAAACGCCAGCAGGCCCCUCCUUAUCUCUUUUGAGUUCCCCAUGACACCUACCUCUAGCAGAAAUUUCCAUAGUCUCUCUGCUCUUACUGUAAAGAACCCUGUCUGUGCUGGUGUAGAAAAUCUUCUUUCCUCUAGAUGUAGAAGAUGCCCCCUUGUUGUAGAUACAGUACAGCGUAUAAAUAGGUCAUGUGCCAGAGCUCUGUGCUGCUGUCUUUUUUCCAAACUAAAUAACCCUAAUUUAGUUAAUCUUUCUGGGUACUGUAGUCCUCCCAUUCCCCUUAUUACUCUGGUUGCCAGUCUCUGAACCCCCUUCAGCUCCACUAUAUAUAUUUUUUUACACUGAAGCCAAGUACUGUACACAGUAUUUCAUGUGUGGUCUGACUAGUGAUUUGUACAGUGGCAGAAUUAUUUCCUUGUCGUGGGCAUCUAUGCCCUUUUUGAUGCAUCCCAUCAUACUAUUUGCCUUGGCAGAAGCUGCCUGACUCUACAGGUGAAUUUACUAUUGAGUCAUUUUCCAUGUCGGUUGUCCCCAAUGUUUUCCCAUUUAAUAUAUAUUCCCAGCCUGUAUUUUUCCUUCCCAUGUGCAUAACCUUAGAUUUAUCAGUGUUGAGCCUCGUCUGCCACUUCCCAGCCCAAACUUCCAACCUAUCCAGAUUCAUUUGUAAUAGUGCACUGUCCUCUAUUGUAUUUACCACUAUACAGAGCUUAGACACUUUACUAUAUAAUCCCUCUACAAGGUCAUUAAUAAAUAUAUUAAAAAGAAACUGACCCCUUUGUUACCCCACUAGUAACAGUCACCCAAUCAGAGUAAGUACCACUAAAAACCACCCUCUGUUUCCUAUCACUGAGCCAGUUACUUAGUCACUUACACAUAUUUUCCUCCAGCCCAUGCAUUCUCAUUUUAUGUACCAACCUGUUAUCUAGCACAGUAUCAAAUCCUUUUGAAAAAUCAAGAUAUAAGACUUCCAGCGACUCGCCCAGGUCCAGUUUUAAGCUCACCACCUCGUAUAUUUCCCGGAGUCACUGUUUGGCCCCUUUUUGAAUAUUGUCACCACAUUUGCAAUGUGCCAGUCCUGGUGAACAGAGCUUGUCACUAUAGAUUCCUUGAAUAUGAGAUAUAAGGAUCUGGCCAUUACAUUACGUUAUUUCUUUAGAAUGAGGGGGGGAAUGCCAUCUGGAUUUUUUUGUAGGUGGCACUGUACUUCUUCCUGGGUUAGACAGGUGAUAUGUGCUGGGAAGUUUUUUUACCCUGCGGUAUUUUGCCUGACUAUUCAUUUUCCUCUGAAUACAGUGAAUCAUGUGUUUUAUGUAUUUGAUUUCUCCUCAUAAUUGGCUGUUAUUGCUUCCUCAUUACCUUUUUAAUGGCCAGUGCUUACAUUUUUCAUUUUUUUUACUUAUGUAGUUGAAGAACAUUUUGGUUUUACUCUGGUUGGCAGUGAGUCUGUCUCCACUUAUGCUGCUUUUAUCUGUUUUUGUUUUAUUUUUUUUUAAUAUUUUUUCCCUAUAGCUUUUUAAUGCUCCUUCACUGCCUUUCUUGUCAUUUAUUUGACCCCUUUGCAUGUUUAUUUAUCCAGAUUGGUUCUCUCUUGUUCCUGACCCUUUUAUUCCCAUAAGGUAGGUACCUCUCAGAGUGAGAAUUUAAGAUAUUUUUUAACAUCUCCCAGAAGUGUCUGUACUGUUGUUUUUGACAACAUUAUCACAAUUAAUCAUAUUAAUGGCUUCUCUGGGCUGAUCAAACAUUGUCUUCCUAAAGUUAAUUGUUCGUGUGGCUCCCUAGUGGUUCCUUUAUUUAAAGAAAAGUUAAAAUGUAUUAUAUUGUGAUCAUAUUUACUAGGUGUCUUCCUACCUGCAAAUAGGUUACUCUAUCAGGUCUGUUGGUUAAUAAGUCCAGUAUGGCGCCCCCUCUGGUCGGGUCCUGCACCAUUUGGGAUGUUUUCUUAAUUAUGAGAUUUACAAGUCUCUGUUUCCUAGUUUAUAUUGGGAUAGUUAAAUAAUUCCCCCUUUAUAACCACCCCAUUGUGAUUUGCUGUCUUGUUUAAUUGCCUCAAUAAUUGUCUUUCUGCCGUUUCCAUAAUAUUUUCUGGCUUCUAGCAAACUUCCAUGAGCAUUUACACUGAUAUAUACAUAAAGGCAAACUCCUCCCCUUUCUGAUUUUUCUGAUCCUUCCUGUAUAGAUUUAACCCUGUGUGUUAAUCACCCUCUUAUAGCUAUUGUCCAACCUGAAAAUGCCAUUGGUAUGCAGUAGGAUUAUAUGAAACUAAUGAAGACAUGAAUUAAGUGUUAUGGGCAGUGUGCCAUUUUAUGUUCUGAUCUCUAAUAUUUGGGAGCCAAAGUAUACUUGUAAUCUGUAAUAUGUAAAGCAGCUAUGAUUACAUUAUGGUAGUCCAUCAGUUAUGAUGAGCAUUUCUUACAAUACAAUAAUGUAUUUUUAUUUACAUAUUCUAUGUGGUGUGGAUUCUGCAGGGUAGGAUCUUACGCUAAGAGAUAGUAAAAUAAUUGACAUGAUAUGGGCUGUACUCAUCCCAUUUGGUGCCUACAGACCUCAUAUCAUGUUAUUUUAAGUAGCAUUUUUUUUAUCUGGGAUGCAGAAGGUGGAUUAAUGUUAAUUAGGUACUUAGACAGCACUGGGUGCGAAUACAAUGAUCAGGUUGUUACAGUGAAAUUUAAUCAUGUAAAACUGUAAUGCUUUUUUGAGACAGCUGCCAUUAACUUUUAUAGCGCAAGUACAAUACUGUGAUUUGUGUUUAUAAGCCAAGUAUAGAAUGUUUUGACACCACUGUGCCCUUUGCAUUUGCGUUUUUUUAAAUUAACACCCGCUUUGCCUUAUAUUUAAAUUUUCUAUGCAACUUGUUUUAUAUAAGCCUUCUUUAUUUACCUGUUUAAACAUAUUAUUUAAUAGUUCCCAUAAUUUGCUACAAUCUAUUACCAGUUGAUGGCCUCCCACACUUGAGGUAAAAGCAAUGCAACAGUGUACAUAAGGGGCUUUAUAAAUAUGGUGUUAUUAAUGUUAUCCGAUUUUUAGAAUAAACUGAUCCAUGCAAAUAUUUUUUAAAAGGGACACCAUCACUGAAAUCUAUUUAGCCUACUUAAAGGAAAACUCUCAGCAAAGUCACCCACACUAACCAGUGGUACUGGCUGGUAGUGCGGGUGAUUCUAAUUAAAAUGAUGCCUACCAUGUCCCGAUCCAUUCUAACCUGUUAUGUGCCGAGCCUCGGGCAUUGUGACGCCAGCGCUGUUCGUUCAGCGCUUUGCUCGGCUAAUGAGUAUUCAUUCCCUCCCUCUGUUGUAACCCCGCCCAUGCCACUUGUGCCUCAUUAGCAUAUUUAGAAAAAAAAGAUAACAUCGAACACAGGGAUGGAUCUGGGCAUGGUAGGCAUAAUUUUAAUCAGCAUCACCCACACUACCAAGCAGUACCACUUGUUCAUGCGGAUGAUUUUGCUGACAGUUUUCUUUUAAAUAUCUUACUUUUUUAUUUUUUUUAUAUAUAUAUAUUUUUUCCAGAUUAGUGUAUAAAAUUUAGUUCAUGAUUUAAUUUCUAGAACAGUUAUUUAAAGGGAUUGUUUUAAAAGUAUAACCCCUUUUUGCAUGAAAACCGAAGGUUUAGAAAAGUUAAACUCUCAACAAACAGCUGUAAUUACUAGAGGAAGCCACAUCUGGAUGCACGUUUCCACAGAGCAACUCUUUUUCAAAGUUUUUUUCUAUUAGGCAUAUGAGAAAGGAAUGCCUUUUUGAGACCCCCCCCCCAUUUUUUUUUCUAUUUGCCCUCCUCUCCAUCCAUUUGUUCAGAGCAGUAAGGGAUGAUUUACAGGAAAGUCCACAGAGUCUGGAACCCUACCAGGUUGGUGGCCUCACCAGCCCUUCCCAUUUAACCUAACAUCCUUUUCUUCUUCUCUUAUCUGAGGCAGUACAAUAGGACUGUUAUUCUGCAUACUAAUAAGGAAGCAAUGCUGACCUAGGCUGUAAAACAAGAUUAUUUUAACACUAGAUGUUAGCAGUUAUAGAACUUUAAAAAAAACACAACAAAUUUUAUUGUAUAUACAAGGAUAGACACAAAAGUAAAAAGAAAAAAGCAUAUUGUUAAAAAAGCUGCAUAAUUAAUAACAGCCGAAAUGUUAAUUUUAUGUUGAUAGUGUCUCUUUAAACAGGAUUUAGACUUUUUUUUGUUAUUUGUGGACAAAAUUUAAUAUGUAACCCCUAAGUUUUAAAAACGUUAUAAUUCUGUGCAUAAUACUACUGUUACAGCAUGCAAGUUCUUCAUGUUGUAUGUACUGUAAAGACAUUUGUCAAUUGGUAACUGAUAAAAUCUUUUACAUCAUAGAACGGCGUUUACCCAGUAAGCAAGUAAUUCUUGUAAAUGGUUAAUAUGUCUGUACUAGAUAAUGGUAUUCACAAAUGAAAUGUGCUUCCUUUAGGUUCAUACACUUGGCCAGUGUUUCUGUGCCCAUGAGUCUCAUAUAUUUUGAUCCACACCGCUGGUAAUGUUUAUUUGGAAUCAAUUAUGGAAUUGGUUAAAAAAAACGGAGAACAUAUGAACAACGGGCACAGGGAAGGGUGUCCAUAAGUACGAGCUGUAACACAAGCUAAUGACCUGGUACUUAGAUUUCAUGUGGAAGAGCGUGAGAAAUUAUUUUGCCCAUGUGAUUUAAGAAUGUGUCUUUUUGUUUUAAGUGUGUUAAACUGGUACUGACUGUCACUGAAACCAGUGCAGGAGCUAACAAACACGCACCGACGUCUACAGAAAUAAACCUUUUGCUCACUGUA